AUAGUUUCAUCUAGCAAGGUAGAGAAAUUGUAGAUUCUAAUCAAAUCAGACCACUUGGUUUUGGAGCAAUGUUACACAAUCCACGUAGAAAUCUAAAACAGCGUGACAUUUCCCAAGUUUUAUCUAGUUUGAGUUUCAUGUCAUAUAAUUUGCUCUUAUGUCCCAUCUGAUUGAAAUCUGAUAAAUACAUAUGAUUCCGCAAAAACAUUGGUGAAAAUGUUCCUUCGGUCAUUGUGCCUCUUACCAACCUUUAAAAUCGGCUUAAGCAUGGUCAAUUCUCUGGAAUUGUUUUUCAUUCAUAACUUUCCAGCUUAUCAAUUUAAUACAUGAGUAUACAUUAGCUCAUAGAUAUAAGUAGGUAAGACAUUUUAUUUUUCACUGUAGUGACUAGUGAAACUAGUAUAUUGUAUGCAUUCAAAACAAAGAUAAUCAACAAAGAGAAAGUUUUAAAAAUCUAAGAAAAUUUAAGAUAUGCACCGAGUAAAUUAUACUUUAAUAUAGUGGAGAUAAUCAUUACAUUUAACUAUUAUUAUAUAUCUCUUAAUUAUCAUGCUAGAUAGUAUAUAAUAUGCAAAAAUGAUAUUUCAACCAAAAAGAAAAGUGAUUUUUGUGGGAUCGGGUACAGAGACUUCCCUUAAAAGAUAGAUAUGCAUUGAAGGCUUAAACUAAAUUUAGAGUAAUAUGUUUAUUUUCUCUUGGAAUAUGAUCAUCAGAGAAAUAAAUUUAUUAUUAGAAAAUCUAAUGGAAUUGAAAAAUGUUGUGAAAAUCUUUAUUGAAUUUUGACUUCCUUGUUGAGAUGAUUUUGUCUGGUCAAAAAAUAAUUAAACGCAUAAACGCUCGCGCGUGGACAAUUGUUCAUCACAUCCUACAUGACCUUUCUUGAUUGGCUACAAGAGCGACAACUUAAAAAGGAACACCAAACUUUACCUCCACGCGCCACUGUCUUAAACCCUUCUUUUGCUUCGUAACGUAACAACAUUAAUCUCAUGAUUCUCAUCAGUAUCUCUCUCUCUCGAACAAUGACGAUCUCGCCUUUACUAUUCAUUGGUUUGAUUUGCCUUGCUGGUGGUGGCUCUCUUUUACCAGCGGAGGCGAUAUGGUUAACGAUUCCAAGUUCCGGCGAGAGAUGCGUCUACGAAAUGAUCCAAGCCAACGUUGUGGUCGUUGGCGAUUACCUUUGCAUCGAUCAAGACAACGUGGGAUUUGGUCCCACGAUUGAUAUUCAUGUAACAUCACCUAACGGGAAGGAACUAUACAAAAAAACAAACGAGACGCAUGGUCAGUUUGCGUUUACAACGAGCGAGACAGGAACAUACUUUGCUUGUUUGUCGUCUCAUCAUGAUCAGUCACAUUACACAGUCAAUGGCACUGCUAUAGUCAGUCUUGACUGGAAGAUGGGGAUUCGAACCAAAGACUGGGAUGCUGUUGCCAAGAAACAAAAGAUCGAGGGUGUGGAGCUUGAGCUUCGAAAAUCUGAAGAACGUGUUAAUGAAAUUAGCGCAAACAUUAUCUAUCUAAGAGUCAGGGAAGCAUAUAUGAGGGAAGUAAACGACAAGACUAACAAGAGGGUUGCACAGCUUAGCUUUAUGUCAUUAGGUCUCUCUAUUACAGUUUCGCUUUUUCAAGUUUGGCAUCUCAAACGCUUCUUCCUCAAGAAGAAGCUUAUCUAACUUGAUUGGUUCCAUAUUGUAUCUUUCUUGGGGGAUCACUAUAUAGUCAUACCAAGUCAAUAAAGAAACAUUUAUCUC